CGCUAACAAGAUGAAAUAUAAUAGUGCAAGGACCUCGGUAACUGUGCUUUUUGCAAUGUUUGACAAUGACUAACGCCGCCUACUACUUACCCACAGAUUAGUAAUUUUUAUCAGUUUCGUAGCAGUCUUUAUCGUGUAAGCCUUGCUAGCGGCUGCGUGGAAGUGAAAAUAAACAUUUUUACGUAAAUAAUUAUGUUGUAGUGUUACAAUGGCAGUCGACAGGUUAAUAUGGAAGAUUAUACUGGAUUUCCUUGUCUUGGCGUGCGUCGCCUUCCCGAUCCUGGGGCUGGCGCUAUGGGCGACGCCGUAUCGUCGAGGGUACGACGUGAAUGACAUGUCGAUACGAUUGCCUUACAAGAACCAGAUGAUAUCCGUCAGCGCUCUAGCCGGGGCAGGGUUCGCAUUCAUUGUUUGUACGAUUCUCCUAGUGGAAAUAGUUCGAGACAAAAAAGGGUCGGGUCCUGGCGAGAGGUUCCUAUCAGGGUCUGUGAUGCCCGGCUGGGUCUGGGAGAGCUACCGAACUAUUGGUGUCUUCGCCUUUGGAGCAUCCUGCCAACAGCUCACGUCAGACUUCGCUAAAUACGUUAUUGGCAGACUAAGGCCGCAUUUUUAUGAAGUUUGCAGACCGUUCCCUACAGCCAACUCGACAGCGAACAUUCUGGGGUACAUCAAUGACUAUACAUGUGGAGGGUCCGAUACAGCCAAGAUCCAAGAAGCCAGGCUGUCCUUCCCCAGCUCACACGCUAGUUUCUCCAUGUACUGUGCUGUGUUCUUCAUUUUCUACAUCCAAGUGAAGGGCAAAUGGCGCGGCUCGAAGCUGUUACGUCACGCGAUACAGUACGCCGUGCUGAUCGCUGCAUGGUUCGUGGGCUUGUCUCGAGUCCAGGACAACAUGCACCACUGGAGUGAUGUCGGCGCCGGCUUCCUUAUCGGAGCUACGUUUGCUUCUCUAGUGUUUAUCUACGUACUAAAACCGAAGAAGUACGGUCUCCCAGUGGUCUGGGAGGAGCCUCCACUGCCAACGAACACAUUGCCAAGAGCUGUGCUGUCAUCAAUGGGCUCCACGCGAUGACCAUCAGCGAUGUCCCUAGACCCUUACAGUUAGAACUAAUAAGUACACGACAAAAGGUGAUAACAGAUAACUUUAGUCAUCUACAAAACACACUUAAAAUAAACUGACUAAUGCCCAUUUUCACCAAACUCUCCUAAAUUUUAAGGAACUCCUAAGAUAGGUGACACUUAACGUCAUUAUGUUUUUCAUCAAUCUCUAAGUGACACAUAGAAGUACAAGUAAGGGGUUAGUUUAGGUGUUAUGUCACAGAUGGUUUAGGAAAGUUUGUGAAAAUGGUCAUUCAUUCACUAUAAAUUAUUUUCGAGAAAAGCUCGACUAGUUUCAAAUGACACCGGGACUCACAUUUAUGAGCAGCGUAUCUAUUACAGAGGAGCAACACAAUGUAUAAAUUAUUUCAAUUAAUUUAUUAUGCCUCACGGAUAGUACUUAAGAAAAAAAUUAGUUUUUGAUAUUUUUUUUUAUUUGGUCAAUUAAUUUUUAUUAUUUGCUAUUUGGUGAAAUUAUUAUGUCAGUAUUAAAAGGAUUUGUUUCGGUUAAUUAGAUGAUGUUUUUUAUAAACAAACAGUUUCAAAACAAAAUAAAAAGAAGCGAAUUGUAUGAUCGAAGUCUGCGACUGUUUAUCGUACAUCGUUACAAUUUGAAGAUGGCGAAUUUAAAUAAUUUCCUAUAAUUUCAAAACAAAGCCUUUGACCUUCUGGUCCAUCAGAAUUCCGUCCAUUUAAACACGAAAAAAAAGUGACAUUAAAUGAGGAAGCAUAAGCGUUAAACACUUAGUCAAAAGCAUUUUUUUCUAUUUAUUGCUGUGAGUAGGAUUUAUUUGGCAUUAAAUUGCUAUUAUUAUGUGAGUUUUUAUGGAAACAUAAAACAAUUGACACUUGCUUACUUACUUACUUGAGAGACUCUAUUUCUAAUUACCAAAUGUCCGAAAUAUAAAAUGGUUUGAAAUUUGAAUUUAUCACAAAAUGUGUUUCUGUCCCUUUCUCUCUGUUUCUUCGAAUUGUCAAGAAUUUGACGUCGAUAAGAUCGAAUGAACGAGUCAUUUGGUAACGUAGAAUUGAUUUUUCGUUCGAUUUAAGUGUAGAAAAAUGUUUGAAAUAUAAACAGACUUGCUAGGCAUCUUAUGAUAACUUUAAUAUAUAGAAAGGAUCGAAUUAACGAGAGUCUUCUGUGUUAUUAUUAAAGAGCGGAACAACGUGACGCCUGACAAAAUUAUAAUAUAGGUAAUUUCCUGAAGUAGGUUCUCUAGAAUUUUAAGAUUGCGAAUUGUAUUUGAAUAGGCGUGUAGAUUUUUUCUACUCUAAAAAUAAAUUAAAUACGUACACACUACAUUCCUUGAUAGAUAAUUGAAAAAGUAUGAAGUCACUAUCUUGUACACAAAUAAGUAUUUUUCUUUUGGAUCAGUGGUUUUAAUUUGUAUUUAUUACUGCCUUACUCAGAGACGUUUAAUGAUAAUCUAAACUAUUCCGUAGUAAUUAUUUUGUUUUGAAAACAAUUUCUAAGGAAUGGGUUAAGUAACCAUUAAAUGACUCUGAGUACGGCGAUUAGAUACAAUUUUACUGAACUAGAAAUUAAAUCUAACAGAGUAUAUGCCUGAUUUUUAGACUAGAAGUCUAAAGUCCGUCUUCACCAAUGUCUCUUAAAUUUUAAGGAACUCCUAAGCUAAGAUAGGUGACACUUAACGACAUUUUAGUUUGCACAACUAAAAGUCGCACCUAGCAGUAAAAGCAAUGGCUUAGUUCAGGUACUACGUCAUGCUAAGUAACCUAUAGUUAUAAGGUGGUUUAGCGAUAGUGAAAAUAUAUAAAUCCAGGCAUUUAAUAGUAACCAAAACAGACUGAAACUAACAUCGAGUGAGGAAGAAAAAUAACAAAACAGGGUGAUUGUUUUAUAAUAAAAAAAAAAUUGCAAAUUUUAUAAAUAUAGGGAAUUCUAUUACUUCUUUUAUGUUAAGCCAUUAUAACCCUUAUUACAAUUAAUUUAAAAUAUGUUUUUAAAUAACAUUCCUUCUUAUUCCUAAAUAUUAUAGUCACAAUGCAAUUUAAUGUAAGUACAAUUUUUAUGUAAAAAUAAAUAAAAUAUUUUCCAAGUUACCUUUGUCACGAGUUUUUUUGUAUAUUUUUGAAUGUAUGUAUAAAAUGUUAUUGUGUUGGAAUUAAAUAAAGAUUAUUUUGUUAGUGA